GUCCUUUUGCAGAGAGUUGUUCCGGGGAGUUUGAUUUUAUUUGCUCCCCUCCUUGGCCGAUCGGAUCGCGUUCUUCUCGUUUUCGGUUUGUUCUCUGCUAGGACAGUGCCAGCCAACUGUGCAAAGCCCAAGUUCAUUUUUUUCUAGCUCUCCACGUUAUUAGGGUUUAAUAAUAAUAAUAAUAAUAAUAAUAAUGGCCAAAAGGAGCUCUUUGUUCAUUCGGAUCGUGGAAGGGAAAAAUCUGCCAGCCAAAGACAUUACAGGUAGCAGUGACCCCUACUGUAUCGUGAAGAUUGACAAUGAAGCCAUUAUCAGGACAGCCACAGUGUGGAAAACUCUGUUUCCUUUCUGGGGCGAAGAAUAUGAAGUCCACCUUCCACCCUCCUUCCACUGCGUGUCAUUCUAUGUGAUGGACGAAGAUGCACUGAGCCGAGAUGACGUAAUUGGGAAGGUCUGCAUCACCCAAAGCCUGUUAGCCGAGCAUCCCAAAGGCUACAAUGGCUGGCUGAACCUCACUGAAAUUGACCCAGACAAGGAAGUUCAGGGGGAAAUCCAUCUCCGGAUUGAGAUUGUUGAGGGCGGCGCUGUGAGGAAGCUGUGCUGCACUCUGUUUGAUGCCAGGGAUUUGGCUCGGAAAGACAGAAAUGGAGCCUCCGAUCCCUUUGUCAGAGUCCGCUAUAAUGGCAAGACCCAGGAAACUUUGGUGAUCAAAAAAUCUUGCUACCCAAGGUGGAACGAGACCUUUGAGUUCGACCUGGAUGAGUCAGCCGUGGAGAAACUCUGCAUUGUUGAGGUUUGGGACUGGGACCUUGUCAGCAGGAACGAUUUUCUGGGGAAGGUGGUAUUUAAUGUGCAAAGGCUACAGACAGUUCAGCGAGAGGAAGGAUGGUUCUUGCUCAGGCCAGACAAAGCCAAGCCAAGACGGAAUGAAGGCAAUCUGGGCUCCUUACACCUCCAGGUACAGCUUCGGAAUGAGACGGUCCUUCCAUCCAUCCACUACCAGCCUCUUGUCCAGCUGUUGUGUCAGGAAGUUAAAGUAGGGGCACAGGAUGGGAAGGUCCAUUUAAUCACCCUGAUUGACGAGACCACAACUGCUGAGUGCCGGCAGGAAGUAGCCAUCAAUCUUGUCAAGCUCUUCCUGGGUCAAGGGUUAGCCAAAGAGUUCUUGGACCUCCUCUUCAAGCUGGAACUGGAUAAAACCUAUGAGCCAAACACUUUGUUUCGGAGCAACUCUCUGGCCUCUAAGUCAAUGGAGUCGUUUCUGAAGGUAGCAGGGAUGCAGUACCUCCACAGAGUCCUGGGGCCAACUGUCACCCGGCUGUUUGAAGAGAAGAGAUGCAUUGAACUGGAUCCCAGCAAAGUGGAGAGCAAGGAUGUUGGGUGCUCCAGCCUCCAUCGGAUCCAAAGCGAAAGUGACGUCAUCCAGCAGAGUGCUCAGCUCCUGCGGUUGUAUCUAACUGACCUGCUUGCUGCCAUCACCAAAUCCAUCAAGGCGUGUCCUGCUGUAGUCCGGGCCACUUUCCAGCUACUCUUCAAGAGGGUUGGGGAGCGCUUCCCCGAAGAGAGAGACCAGAAUGUGAAAUUUAUUGCCAUCACCAGCUUCCUCUGCCUCCGUUUCCUCUCCCCGGCAAUCAUGUCCCCCAAGUUAUUCCACCUGCGAGAGAAGCAUGCAGACGCCCGCACCAGCCGAGCUCUGCUGCUCCUGGCCAAGGCUGUUCAAAGCGUAGGGAAUAUGGAUGCGGGCGCCAGCCGUACCAAGGAAGCCUGGAUGGAGCCUCUGCAGCCCACCAUCCAGCAGGGCGUCGCACAGAUGAAGCAGUUCCUCCUUCAGCUGAUUGACAUUGAGGAGAAAGAAGAAUUAGACCUGCAGAAAGCCCUCUCCCUGCAGACCCAGGUUGUGAAAGAAGGGCAUCUCUUUAUCCAUAAGAUGAAGAGCAAAGGCUCUCUCAUCUCUUCCUCCUUUAAGAAGCUCUACUUCUCCCUAACCAGCGAGGCCCUCAGCUAUACCAAGACACCAAACUCCAAGAAAAGCUCCUCCAUUUCGUUGGCCAGCAUCCGGGCAGUCGAGAAGGUAGAGGAGAAAAGCUUUGGCAACUCCCACGUCAUGCAGAUCGUCUAUGCCAAUGACGCCGGGCAGGAGGACACGGCUUACCUGCAGUGCAAGUGUGUGAAUGAGCUCAACCAGUGGUUGUCAGCCUUGCGGAAGGUCUGUGUGAACAAUGCAGGGAUGCUGUGCUCCUAUCACCCGGGCGUCUUCCGAGGAGACAAAUGGAGCUGCUGCCACCAAAGGGACAAAUCCGGACUGGGGUGUGACAAAACCCGGCAUGGAGUUACUUUGCGGGAAUGGAACGACCCUUUGGAUCCUGACUUAGAGGCUCAGCUGAUCUUCCGCCACUUGCUUGGAGUGCAAGAGGUGAUGAGGGAAAAGUAUUUGGAACUGUCAGCUCUGGAGAAAGAUGAAAAUUUUAAUUUGAGCCAAAAUGCAGACCCUCAAAGUGCCGAUGCCCCUAGCAGGUUUUUCCAGGUGUUGCAAGAUCUUGAAGAAAUUCACCGUAAGGAGUGUUCCCGGUUGAGCGACUUGGCCAACCAGGACCAAAAUCGUCUUGUGGAACUGCAGACGUGAUUGUUUUCUUGGGAUAGACCCACCUCUGGUUAAUUCAGGCAGAUCUGCUGCCAAACACCUAGAAUGACGGGUCUCUCUCUCUGUCUCUCUCUCUGUCUCUCUCUCUGUCUCUCUCUCUGUCUCUCUCUCUGUCUCUCUCUCUGUCUCUCUCUCUGUCUCUCUCUCUGUCUCUCUCUCUCUCUCUGGGAUGGAGUGGCCCUGAUUCUCAUAAGGCCAUAACAUGGAUUCCUUCUCCUUUUAAGCCACCCUGAUUGGUCCUGGGAACCCGGACAACCAAACUGAGAUCAGUUUAGAAGAAAGACCCAGCAGAACAAUCCUCUGUAGGCAGCUCCACCAAGGCCCAGUUCAGUUUUACACAAACAAACAAGUGUAACAGCCCUUUGAUUAACCCAUCCUGAAGAAGUCCAGACCUUAGCCCCAAUCAGUGGAGGCUGAUCCAUUGGGGUGAAUGGGGCACUGCCCCACCAACCUCAAUCUGCCCUCAGCCAGCACUCACUUGCCUGUCUUCUUACUUGCAACCUAUCAAGGGGGCGGCCCUGGCCGUCAGCUUCCUCUUCGUCUCAGUGUCACCAUUGCAGAAGUCAUAAGAGAGAUGGGUAGGGCCAAAACGUGAAAGAGUUGGGUCUGAUUGUCAUUGGGUCUGGCUCCACUUCCGCUCUACAAGUCCCAAAGGGCACCAGCCGCCACUGGCCUCAACAGAGCAUCAAAGCUGGUUGUUUCAUUGCCUGUGAUUGUCAAACAGAACUUGGCAUUCUUAAGAACUGCAGACUUAUUUUUUUUAAAAAAAGAAGUAGAUUUCUAGACCUUACAGUGACAAAGAUGCUCUUGAAUGUAGAAGUCUCCCAUGUCCGGGGUUUCUCUUUGUUUCUUCCUUUAUGAACUUUCCUCACAUACCCCAUUAGCAGUCUGAAUGCUGAGAAAUGGCAAGUCUGCCCCCCAUGGAAGAACUUGCUAGCCUCAGUAGCGAUGGUUGCCCUAGAAAGGCCACAUUAUCUGGAAAAAGGGCUGGGAUGCUUGAGUGGGUCACAAACAAAGAUAAUUAAGGCCAGCCCUACCAUUGAACAGGGUGCAGUGGCCACCGCAGAUGACAGAUCUCCGCUAAAGGGUAUGUAGAAAACUGCCAAACUCUGUAUGUGAGAUGCAAUCUUGGGUACCAACUUAGAUGGCUUUAAAAGAGGGCUAGAAAAAUCCAUGGAGGCUAUUAGCCACGCUUGUCUGUCUGGAAACCCCAUGUUUAUAAGCAGUGUACCUCCAAAUGCCAGAUGUUGGUUACAACGAAAGAGGGCGAUUAUCCUUACGCCCUGCAUGCAGCCUUCCUGGAGGGAUCUGGCUGCCCAGCGUGAGGAAACGGGAUACUGGACUCUGGAGGCUGUAUUCAGCUAAGUCCUGCUCAGAGUUAAUGAGCCUAAGCUAGUCGUGUCUGUUAACUUCAGUGGAUCUACUCUGAGUCAGUGGUGGCUGGUGGCUCCAUGUCAGCAGGGCAGUGGGAUCUGCGUUGGGUUUUUGUCUAAACAUUCAAGGAGUUUUGACCAGUGCCGUUUGAAUCUUCUGCCUCAGCUCCGCAAAUAUCUCGCUCCAUCUCUCAGCCAGACCAGGUGGGAUGUAUAUAUUUUUCACAGCUCAGCAAUAUCUUUAGGUGACUUUUGUACAAAUAUAAUUUGCAUGCCAUAAUAGACGUGUGCCAUUGCAAUAUAGCUAAGAGGGAAGAAUAGUUCAGCUGACGGGACCCACAGCCCUCUGCGUGUUUUUGGACUCCAGUUCCAUCCCUGGACUAUUGGCUGUGCUGGGAGGCUGAUGGGAGCUGCAAUAUCCCGGAGGGCCGCUGGUUCCCUAUCUCUGGAAUCGUCGUUUCAGCCUUCUGGACAGCACCCCACCCCGCAAGCCAGCAACUACUCUUAAUGCCAAAUAAAGCCUCUUUUAUCUUAA